UUUCAAUUGCCAAUUGGUUUUACUGGAAGAGAAGAAAUACUUCGCAAAGAGAAACUUAGAAUUUUCAGACUAUAAGUAUAAAACACAUUGAGUUUGACGUAUUUUUUAACCAUGAAGGUAUUCUACGUUCUUCUGUUAUUGACCCUCAUCGGAAUCGUUUUUGCAAAAUCGACUCUUGAUCUAAAGAAAGAACCAUCUCAUCCAAAACCUCCUGACUCCUCUCAUGGUGGUCAUGGUGGUAAUGGUGGUGGCAAUGGUGCUGGCAAUGGUGGAGGCAAUGGUGAUGGCAAUGGUACAGGCGGUGGCAAUGGUGCAGGCAGUGGUGGUCCAAAUGGAGGUGGUGGCGGUCCAAAUGGCGGUGGUGGUGGUCCAAGUGGCGGUGGUGGUGGUCCAAGUGGCGGUGGUAGUGGUCCAAGUGGCGGUGGUGGUGGUCCAAGUGGCGGUGGUGGUGGCAGUUUAAACAUAAUACAACAAGUUUUGAAAUUAGUUUGCUCUUUACUAGGAUCAUUAGUAGACAGUUUAGGUGCAGGUGGUCUUUGUAUGGGGCUAAACCUCUGAACCAGUCCGAAAGGAAAAAUGAAAUAAGCACUAUAAGGAUAACUUCCAUUAUCGACAUCAUAAAGGCAUUGUUAUGAAACAUUUUAUUUAUUAAAUUAUAUUAUCAUCAUUACUUUAUACAUAUAACUGGAAUGCACUGUAUCACUUUUUAAACACGUUUAAUUUUUAAAUCAAAAAGUAUUGCAUAUAUUUUGCACAUCUAAUAAAUAGUAUAU